CAGGGGUUUGAGCUUGAGCCAGCAGAGGGCUGCUUUGGAGCAGGCACAGAGACAAGAAGAGACAGGUGUCCCUGCAAUGAAGGGGUCCACGCCUAGUGGUAGUUCUGUGCGCGGUUUGUCAGUUGCUAAAGAGGAUAGGUACCGACGUCAUCGUGAUUAUGAUCUGAAACGACUCCUGUGUCUACUACGUAGUUGUUGACCGAAGUCUUUCAGUCCAUUCACAUUGCAUGUCCUUUCAAAUACAAUAUUACUACUUCUCCUACUAAAGACUUGCUCUUUUCAUAAAAUCGCCAUGCCGCAAGAAGUGUCUUAGAAUCGGCGUAUAAGAGGCACAUACAUGACAAGUGUCUAUCACCUAUCACCUAACGUCGCCUCACCUAUCACCUAACGUCACCUAACCUAUCACCUAACGUCACCUAACGUCACCUAACGUCACCUAACCUAUCACCUAACGUCACCUAACCUAUCACCUAACGUCACCUAACGUCACCUCACCUAUCACCUAACCUAUCACCUAACGUCACCUAACCUAUCACCUAACGUCACCUAACCUAUCACCUAACGUCACCUAACGUCACCUAACGUCACCUAACCUAUCACCUAACGUCACCUAACCUAUCACCUAACGUCACCUAACCUAUCACCUAUCACCUAUCUCUAAAGAAUCAAUGCCGAUGUGACGCAUCUGGAGGGUAGCAGUGACAGUGAGGUGCACUUGGUUUCUCCUGGAUCGGGG